AUGUCGUCCUUUACAUUUGCUCCCAGCCAGUAUCCUCCCCAGAAUCAACAGCAACGCGAGAUGCAAAAAAACUAUGUCUUCGUUGACGAACAUAACCGCCACAAGCGACUCAAAGUGAUGCGAGCUUGCGAAGGAUGCCGACGACGAAAGAUCAAGUGUGAUGCUGCUACCACAAACUCAUGGCCAUGUUCCGCAUGUGUACGCUUGAAACUUCACUGCGUACGACCAAACGGCUUCGACAGCGCUGGCGAUCCAACCACAUACGAGGCUUUCAUUACCCCAGAUCAGUUUCACCACAUGUCUAUGCAGGUCCCUCCGCAGCUUCAUCAAAGUGUCCCAGACAUGUAUCCUCAAAUGUCAAGCUAUACUGAAAAUCCUGCCGGCUUCUAUACCAUUCCUUACGACCCUUCCCAGGCCCAGCAUGACAUCAACUAUACCACUGUCCCACCUUCCGUCAUGCUCGAUCCCAACUCGUACGCGCCGCAAAAUAAUUUCCCCGCGUCUUCGCUCAACCCACCUGAUCACCCUGGCGCCUCUCCCGAGUCUUAUACCACCGAAACUUAUCAACAGCAAGACUUGGCUGAUCUUCUUGGAACCCUCAAGCUCAAUGAGCUCGGCACCGCCCCAUACCUACGGAAUAAAGCUUCUUUCCGCCGCGGCGAUGAACCGGUUGUCGAGGACGAUGAAGACUAUGGCGGUCUCCCCCCCAUUCUCUCUGGCUCCGGUUCUAAAAUCCGCAUACCCCCAGAGCUCAUGCCGGACGAGGAAACUGCUCUACACUAUCUCGAACUCUACUUUACCCAUGUCCACCCAUACGUGCCUGUACUGUACAAGCCACACAUCUAUCACCAAUGGCGCCAUGCCCGCGAAACCAUUUCGCCCCUCAUUCUCGAGGCCAUUUUCGCCAUUGGGGGCCGGCUUGCCGAGGAGCCCGCCAUGGGCCAGCAGUGGCUCGGUCUCGCCUCUCGACAUGCGGAUGCGUUCAUGGACACGCCACGGCUAAGCACGCUUCAGGCUCUUCUCAUGAUACUCAAGGCCCGUGAAGGUGCCCCUAAACGUGGCUACUUCUUCCGUUCUUGGAUGACUGUGGUGCAAUGCGUCCAGAUGGCUAAGGAUCUUGGUCUUGAUGAACAUUAUGAGGACCACGAGGACGGCAUCGAUUGCGAGCAUAACCCUACCGAUUGCCAUCUACGCACCCGAAUAUGGUUGACAGUCUUCGCAUGCGAAGUCAUGGUUGGAACGCCUCAAGGCCGCCACGACCUCGCUGUCAAUAUGGAUACUGUUGACUUUACCAUCCCAAAGCGUAUGCCUAAUGCUGACGAAUCGGAGUAUCAAGUCUCGAGAAAUUUUGUCUACUUUGUACGCAUUGUUCGCAACAUUCGGACCAUGAGCAGCACAUACGCCAGGCUCCGUAAGCGCAAGGACUGGGGAAUCGACCCUGAGUUCCAAGAGCUCGAUAAGACGAUUACUUCCUAUGUCAGCGACCUUCCAGCCGACCUAGCCAUUUCUUUUCCAGCAGACAACUCACCGCCCUGGUUGCCCAACAGCUUUAUCGGCAACCUGCACAGCUACCAUUACCUUGUCAUCAUCCUCUAUGUCCGGCCUCAGCUCUCCUUCCUCGACCCUAAUGUCAAUCGCGUUGCGUGGAAGCAACACAUGCUGCAGAGUUAUAGUGCUGCCAAGGCUAUCUGCAGACUGCAAGAAGCCAUCAUCAGCAACUUUGGGCUGUCUGGUCUCCAAUGCAUGCAGCGUGGCUUCUCCUUUACCGUCUAUGCCGGCUUGUCCUGUAUAGUCAUUCAUCUGGUUGCCAUUGUUUCCCCUGACCCGGAUCUCAACUCGGAUGCAAGGGAAUUCUUCACUCGGCAUAUGCGCAUCAUGGAGCAAGUGAUGGAAGUGUGGCCCAUGCCCGAGCUGCAAACACAGAUUGACACUGUCCGCGAGGCCUUUUCCGCGGACACGCGCAGGGCCUUUGUUCUGAAGCCAUCCUUCCCCUAUGGUAGCCCGCACCCAUCCAACAAAUCGAGCCCCCCACACAUGCCCAUUGGUGCGUACCAAGGCAAUGGUGGUCGCAGUGGCUCUUUGGAUCAACACUUGGACGCGCACAGCAGCAUGCGCUACGUCAACAAUCCAAUCACACCGCCAAUUUCAACCGGGCCCAUGGGCAGCAAGAACGAAUCGCCCGCUGUUCAGGCUCUCGAGCUAAUCCCGCAAGUUGGGACAUCAGUGGCCACCAUGCCACCUACUAUGGGACUCGCUGACCAAGUGGCAUGGAACCCGUCGCGUAUUUUUGAGCAAUGGAAUAACACGUUUGCUGUAGAGCCGCCGCAAACCAACAACAAUGCCGCGAUUGGCCUGUCACCUGGUGGAUCAGAUGUCACAGGGAUGUCUGAUGCGCGUACUGCCACCUCUGGCAUGGCUGCAAGCGCCCAAAAUACCUCAGAACCCCCUUUUGUGCCUAAUAUGGCCAGCUUCAUCACUCCUGCCAUGUGGCAAGAGUCUGUCGCUAGCGUCUACGAGGGUGGUCUCAAGCGUUCCUGGGACCACCAAUAA